AAUAAGGUGAGCGAGCAGACUGACGUGAGGAGAGAGAAGAGAAGAGAAGAGAAGAGAAGAGAGAGAAAGCCCGAAAUCGAAGUGAAGCGAAAAUGGCUGGAGGAAUGGAAGCACACAAGAACAAGCACAUAGAGGAUUGGGGCGCCGCUAGGGAGAAUCUCGAGUUCAAUUUCCGCUGGACUCGCCGCAAUUUCGCUCUCGUUGGAAUCUUCGGCAUCGCCAUUCCCAUCCUCGUCUACAAAGGCAUCGUCCGUGAAUUCCAUAUGCAAGAUGAAGAUAACGGCAGACCGUACAGGAAGUUCAUGUGAAAAUGUGGACGAUGCUUCGAAAUAAUUUGAGGGUUUUAAAUGUUAGACCUUAAUGAGGCUACAACAUAUGCUUUUUAUAUAACUCGUAAAGGGUUGUGGUAAAUACUGUAGACCUAUCAAACUAUUUUAUGUUUGGCUGUUUUAAUUGAGAUUCGUGUUACGUUGUUAACUUGUUAAUGUGGUUGAAAAUCAAUAAAAUCUAUUUUCUACGAA